AUGCCGCUCCGCUGCCUCGGUGGUCUGUCCGCCGCCGUCUCUUGCCGCCUCCGCCGCGGUCUCUCCACGGUCGCCUCGCGCCCUCCGUGGGCAAUGAUCUACCCGGGCAUCGACCUCGUCAGAUCUGCGGCUCCGCGUGCGUCGUUCCGGCUCGCCGAACCCCCGGGCGUGUCCCGCCUCCUCCUCGUCCCUGACGACCUCGUCGGCCACCAGCCCUUCCCCGACGCCGACAGCGACAUCGUAUCCAUGCUCUGCGGCGCGUCCAGCACCUCGAGCGGCGACGGCCUCCUCCUCGUCAGUUUCAUGGACUUAAGAGCCACGGCUCCCAUCGUCGGCAUGCACGGCGAACGCAGCCUGAUCGGAUGCGACAUGGACCCUGACAUCAUGCGCUUCGUCUGCAACCCGCUCAGCGGACAGCUGCUCCGCCUCCCGGACAUCGACGGCACGAAGAAGACAUCGGACUGCCAGUUCUGCGGCCUCCUCACCCGGUCCGCACAUGGACACGGGCCGCCUGACAGGUACGCGGUCGCCGAGCUCAGUGAGGACCGCGGCGUGGAGAAGAGCAGCUUCGUCAUGCGGCGGUUUCGCUCUCAGACUGGGCAGUGGGAGAAACUGGUGGGCUUGCCGUCCCCGCUCCCACUCGCGCGGCCGUUGGUCAUACAUGACGUAUCCGCCUUCGCCGGAAGGUUGUGGUGGGUUGAUCUGAACUGGGGUGCUGUCUCCGCCGACCCGCUCAGCGACCGACCUGAGCUGCGCUUUGUCGAGCUUCCCAGUGCUAGCGUGUUGCCAGCGUUCAGCACGAAGGCAGAGCGUCUUGCUGCACGGGUGCGGGGUGUGCGCCGGCGCAUAGGGGUCAGUGAGGGAAGGCUCUGGUAUGUCGAGCUGUCAGAGAAGAAGCCUUUCCUGCUCAGCUCUUUUGUUUUUGACGAUGACAGCAGCUGCUGGACGCUGGAGCAUCAGGUGGCGCUUGGCCGACUCUGGGCGCAUGGAGGCCAUCCAUCUGAGGAAGACAUCCCACGCAUUGGCGCUGUUGACCCACUGAACGCAAGCAUUAUGCAUAUCACAAUCGGCACCCAAGUUCUUGCCAUAGACAUGAACAGGGGGGAAGUGCUCGGGUGUUCGCUAGUAAGUGAAGAUGAAACGCCAUUAGAUCUUAAUGCAGGUUUUGUACCAUGUGUGCUUCCACCCUGGCUUGGAUCGAGCAGCAUCCCUCGAGGUCCACUCAAGUUGAAAAGCAAGACAUUGUCAGACAUAUUGGUUCGUGGAGACAAAAACAAAAAGAAUUGAGGUUCCUGGAAUUUAACCGUCAAAGGCUUGCUGAUGAUAGACUAGGAGUACUCUCUUUCUUUUUGUGAGACAUUAGAAUGUCAGUAGGGCUACAAUCCCCAAGCCCUCAUUUUGGUAAGCAUUGGCUAAGCAGAGGUUCAGAUUUUGUUGGGCUUUGCUGAUGCAGUUAUCCUACUUUGGGAGAUACCAAGGCAUUGUUUAGUGUCAGUUUCAGUAGGCUUUUUUUUUUCGAGACGCGCUUUCAGUAGGCUUGUUGAACAUUUAAGUGGGAUAUUUUUUUUUUGGAAGGUGCUAUGGGGGCGAGGUUUUGAAGAAAAGAUUUAGUACAUGCCUUGGCGCGUUGAUCCUACAUUGUGUUAGCUAUUAUUUAAGUGGGAUGUUGAUAUAGGUUGAGAGCUGCCCCUUUAUUUUCUGUUCAAGAUGUAACAGCAAGGAAGCAGCUAUGCUAUAACUUCCUCCCUUUGGCCAAGAGGUGAACUGGAAGCUGGUUGAGGUUCACUACUUGCUUGUUCCUUCUCAGCAUACCCUGGUUCAAAUAAUACAUGUUUGCAACAUCACUUUGAAGAAAGAAAAAA